CUUCGUUCUGUUAUUUUUGUCAAUAGUAAUUUUCUUUUUUCUUUUUAUUUUCCAUUUUUUUUGAAGCAGAUGCAGGCAUCAGUGGUUAGAACACGGGUGGCUGCAGUGGUAGUUCAUAUCUGGGCAUAUCCAGGGUUGGCUGCAGCUGCACCAGUCGACAGCCCGACGCCAUCAUCGAUGUUGGCCGAAUCAACACUGUCGGUUGACGUGAAUUCGCCAACAACUAAUUACACCUCAGUCAACAGCCGGCUCUACCUUAUCGCAGGGAUGACAAUUGGCAUCUUUCUGAUUAUUGUGUUUAUAGGCGGGUUUUACCUGCGCGUCCGUUUGCAGAGAGCCAGGGGGAGCUACCGGUCCACCUGAACAGGAGUCCGAGAAUGGACGAGAUUUGAGAC